GGCCCUGAUUUGCAUAAGUUGUCUGCGGGUAGCUGCAUGACCAGCAGGGGAAGGAGUGCAUGUGGACUAUACACACAGGACAGAGGAGCUGCGUGUGGACUGUACUGAGAGCCUGGAGUCUUGCACUGAAACACACACAGUUAUGUACUGUGCUCAUCCUGUCUCUGGCACAGGCAACAACUCAUUGAUGUACUGCUACAACAUGAAACCAGUUUAUGGGCAGUCUCCCAGCAACGACAACGUCAACCAGAAUUCAUCUUUACAUCCAUCAACCAAGGGCCCCAACAAUGUGUUCGCCAGCACAUUCUUUGAGGGGAUGAGCAAUUCACCUGACAUCUGGAGCGCCGUAAACGGGCUGAACCAGCAGGGCUAUGAAGGUGCGCUGGGAGCAGCCACGACCCACCAAGCGCAGGCGGGGAGCUACAGCAACCUGCAGCCGACGCACAGUCACCUGGACUACUCCCCGCAUUCGGUGAUGGCUGCUGAUAUGAACAGGGGUCUCCCGCCCAUGUCCACGUUUCAUCGCAACAGCGCAGCGCCGCGCACGCCAUCGAUCACCAACACAGAGAACUCCACAGUCGCAGGCAGUCAGGGAAAUAUGUCAGGAGGGUCGCAGACAGGUGAUACCCUGGGCAAAGCUCUGGCCUCCAUUUACUCCCCCGACCACACCAGCAGCAGCUUCCCCUCCAGCUCUUCCACGCCGGCCCGGUCUCCGUCUCCGCUGCCGAACGCCGCGGAACCCGCAGGCACUAAUAUGUGGCCCCGCAGUUCAGUUCAGGCGCCAGUGUCGCCACAUUACGAAUCGUCACUCAUAUCAAUGUCUCAGGUUGAAGACCGUCUGGACCGCCUGGACGACGUGAUCCACGUCCUGAGGAACCACGCGGUGGGCCCGACGGCCGGCCUGCCCGGUGACGUGCACGGCCUGCUGAACCAGAGCCACCAGAGCCACCCGGGCUCCGCCGGCACCGCCCUGCCACUCACCUGUCACACUCCAGCCAUGGUUGAGACUGUCGGUUUGAACAACAACAACCACUCAGCCUUCCAGAGCCGCACGCAAAAUGGCCACCCGUACCCGGCCAGACAGCGAGCCACGCUGCAGCCCGUGCAAGCAGGAGGCCGAGGCUGUUUGGGAGUUCAGAGCAAUCUGGAGCUGAAGAUGGAAAGCGCGGAGAGAGAUGAUCUGAUCCACACCAAUCACGGCCACAGCUCGGACAGCCAGAGGUCAGAUGAAGAGAGCGAACUCAAAACACCGGAAGAAAACAGCGCGAGAAACAGUAUCCACGAGGAUGAAGAUCUGAGCCCGGAGCAGAAGGCGGAGCGCGAGCGUGAGAGGAGGAUGGCUAACAACGCCCGGGAGCGCCUGCGCGUGCGAGACAUCAACGAGGCCUUCAAGGAGCUGGGCCACAUGUGUCAGCUGCACCUGAAGAGCGAGAAGCCGCAGACCAAACUGCUGGUCCUCCAUCAGGCCGUGGCCGUGAUCCUCAGCCUGGAGCAGCAAGUCAGAGAGCGGAACCUGAACCCGAAGGCAGCGUGUCUGCGGAGGAGAGAGGAGGAGAAGGCGUCCGCCGUCAUGACGGACCCGCAGUCCAUGCAUCUGGCUUUCCAUCCCGGCCUGACAGACCCAGCCAACCCCAUGGGCCACCUCUGAGCGCCCGACACCGACUCUAUCCAGUCCGCCAUCAAACUAUGUUACACGGAGAGUGUCCCAGGAACAUCCAGCUGUUUCCGAUGUGCAGCGUUUCUUCUGAACUGGGGUCGGAGCAGAGAGGCCGCGCUCCCCGAUCAGAAAAUGUGAUGCAGUCGAACAAUCAUCUCCUCACUUCUCAAAUGGACUUUUUAACUUUGUGCCUGAACUUUAUCUUUUAGGAGACGAACGCAUUGUAAACUGCAGAUGUUUUGUACAUAUUUUGUAUAUUUAUUGAUCUUUCUGUUCGAUUAUAAAUGAAUGGAUGAAAUCCAGAUUUCACAAGGUGUCAUCUGCAGUUUGACUACGGCCCAGCCAGACGUGUUUCCCACCGACUUCCACUGAAAGCUACGAUUUUCCCCGUUCUCCACCGAGCUCAGAGGACCCACAUUCCCACAUUUGAGUGUGUUCAGACGACAGAUUUCACUUGUCCUGUAUGUAUGUGUGUGUGUGUAUGAAUAUUUCAGGGAUUUGACCAUUCUGUGAAUGAACAGAUCUCCCAGAAUGUUCUUCAACGUUUUGACUGUAUCAUCUAUUAGUACAUAUUUGUGUUCUUGCACUCAACAGGAUUACACUUACUGAAACACUGGUCAACAAAUUCAUUUUUCCUGUUGAGAUGUAGUCAACCCAGCUCUGAAUGUUUGAGUUUUUAAUAGAACUUUUGUUUUCUAAGUUAUGUAACUUAUCUUUUAUACAAAUAUUGUGAAUUUAUUAAUGUCUUUAUUUGCUUCUCUGGCUACUUUUACACAGAAGAACCCUUUUUUUGUGCAGUCUUCUAGACAUAGACUCAUUUCAUGCUCCGAGCAAGACGGUGUUACAGAAUAAAUGUCUUUUUUUGCUUCACACUGCUGAACAGAUAACUACACACAAAUUAACCUGAAAUAAUGCUAUUAUAACUUGUACAGUAUGUGUACAGUUUGAAGUAGCCUACAGGCAUGUGUCAAAACAAUACUGUAGCAAUAAAUGUCUCUUUUUCCAAA